AUGCCAAUGAAGGUCAUGACAACCUGCCUACAUCAGGAAAAACCAUUUUUGGGGGAUGUUGUUACAAGCCCAGGCACCCCUGGCUAUACAGCCCCCAUCUUCCCCCACUUGCCCACCAUUACCUCUCAGACCCCUACUUGCUCAUCCUCCCAGGCUUCCUCCCACGCUGGCCAAUCCUACCCACCCACACAUCACUUGGCAACCUGUUCCCGGCCACCCUCUAGAGCCUGCUCCCCAAUCAAUCCGGAGGAGUUGGGACCCCAACUUCCGUCAACCCCCUUUGUUGAACUCAGGGAAGUAUCCCUUGAGCGCGUCACACAUCUCCUCCUUGGCCUCCUUGGCCAAGUUGAGAACCUCAAACAGAAGUUUGAAGAAGUCCGAGAAGCAGGGGUUGAGGCCCAAAUCAACCUUGAAAACAUCUCCCAGACAGUCAAUACUGUCAAGGACGGGCUCAGGAGCCUCCAACUCCAUGGGCCAAGGACCCCAGAGGACCAGAAACCCCUGGUCGUGGAAGCAACACCACGCCCCCUACCAAAAGCCAACCCUACUGGAACGGCUAGUUGGGUCUCCUUCUGGGUGGAACCUGCCAAGGCCCCUGCCAUUUUUGCCCAGCCCACACCGGUCCAAGCAAUACCCCCACAAGUCCCUUCUCCCCCUACAUCUCCGCGUCUCCAAUCCCCAAUUGGAGCCACUGCCCCUCCACCUCCGGCUCCAGUUGCCGCCUACCCUGCCCCGGUCAAAGUAGACCACCCAGAUGCCUAUACAGGCAAGAUUGGGAGCAAAGCCAAGCAAUGGCUUACAAGGAUGUUGGCCUGGACCCGGCUAAACUCACGCAUGUUCCCCACAGACCAAGAGGUCCUAUCAUUCCUUCUCAUGAACAUGAAGGAUUUGGCGGGAGCAUGGGCGCACCCUCACCUUGAUCAGCUUGGAUCACACCGGGCCAUCAUCUGA